AUGUGUUCCUGAGGGUUCCUUCGUGCAGGUGUGCCCAGGGCGUCGGUGCCAUUGUGUGUGGGAGACUGAGGAUGGGAGGCCGGUGCCUGUGGCCCGGUGCGUGUAAGUGCGGGCGCCUGCAUCUCCACGUAGGUCCUGGGCCUCCGACGAAUAACUUGGGUGUGGAGAGAGUGUUUGCCCCUGCCAGGAUACGUAUGACCCCGCCAGUGACCGGAGUUGCUAAUGGUGUCAUACACGCACCGGCCACCCCCGGCGCGAGCGCCCCCCUCUGGACACCCUGCUUCUUGCGCGCUCACAGUUCGCCUGUACGCGGGGGGCCGGGGCUGGGGUCAGGAGCAGGGAUAGGGAGGAAGAUGGCCUGUGGACGAGCUGAGCUGGGAGCCCUGGGACCUUUGCAGUGGUGGCCAGGGAGCGCUCAGUUCCCAGGCUCAGUCUUCCCGCUGACGCCUCCUGGUCGCAGCGGGCUCCCCCCGCCCUAGGAAUGUUCCUCUCCCAUCUAGUCCGCCUCCCCUAGGACAGGCCCCUGGGGGCCGCCAUAACCCCGCCUCGCCUUCCCGGGCUCCCGAGAGGGGGCGAGGCGGGCAGGACGCCUGGGUUCUCUCCUCCCCCUCCCAUCCCAGGGAGAAAUUCCUCCGAGGUCCCCUCAGGCUCUGGGUUCCCAAAAUAACCCUGCGGGGGAAGGGAGGCUGUGGAGGGAGGGAAGCGGGUGGGGCACAGAGCGGAGCUUCGGGGUGCUGCAGGUGCCUCUGGGGAGAGGGCGCGAGGAGAAGGGGGCCUGCGGGGCCUGGGGUGCCAGCCAGCCCUGGGAUCCUGGCUCGUCCCCAUCCUUGUGAAGCCCUUCGGCCCUUCCGGGACUCCAAGGGGGUUCGGUCCGAGCCCGGUGGGAGGCUCCGGGAGCGCAGCUUGGGCCCAGGCCACCCCGCACCAGCGGCCAUGGCGGGCACCCUGGACCUGGACAAGGGCUGCACGGUGGAGGAGCUGCUCCGCGGGUGCAUCGAAGCCUUCGAUGACUCCGGGAAGGUGCGGGACCCGCAGCUGGUGCGCAUGUUCCUCAUGAUGCACCCCUGGUACAUCCCCUCCUCUGAGCUGGCGGCCAAGCUGCUCCACAUCUACCAACAAUCCCGGAAGGACAACUCCAAUUCCCUGCAGGUGAAAACAUGCCACCUGGUCAGGUACUGGAUCUCUGCCUUCCCAGCGGAGUUUGACUUGAACCCAGAGCUCGCUGAGCAGAUCAAGGAGCUAAAGGCUCUGCUAGACCAAGAAGGGAACCGGCGGCACAGCAGCCUCAUCGACAUAGACAGCGUCCCUACCUACAAGUGGAAGCGGCAGGUGACUCAGCGGAACCCUAUGGGACAGAAGAAGCGCAAGAUGUCCCUGUUGUUCGACCACCUGGAGCCCCUGGAGCUGGCGGAGCAUCUCACCUACUUGGAGUAUCGCUCCUUCUGCAAGAUCCUGUUCCAGGACUAUCACAGUUUUGUGACUCAUGGCUGCACUGUGGACAACCCUGUCCUGGAGCGGUUCAUCUCCCUCUUCAACAGCGUCUCACAGUGGGUGCAGCUCAUGAUCCUCAGCAAACCCACAGCCCCGCAGCGGGCCCUGGUCAUCACACACUUUGUCCACGUGGCGGAGAAGCUGCUGCAGCUGCAGAACUUCAACACACUGAUGGCAGUGGUCGGGGGCCUGAGCCACAGCUCCAUCUCCCGCCUCAAGGAGACCCACAGCCAUGUUAGCCCUGAGACCAUCAAGCUCUGGGAAGGUCUCACAGAACUAGUGACUGCGACAGGCAAUUAUGGCAACUACCGGCGCCGUCUGGCGGCCUGUGUGGGUUUCCGCUUCCCCAUCCUGGGUGUGCAUCUCAAGGACCUGGUGGCCCUGCAGCUGGCACUGCCUGACUGGCUGGACCCAGCCCGGACCCGGCUCAACGGGGCCAAGAUGAAGCAGCUCUUUAGCAUCCUGGAGGAGCUGGCCAUGGUGACCAGCCUUCGGCCACCAGUACAGGCCAACCCUGAUCUGCUCAGCCUGCUCACGGUUUCUCUGGAUCAGUAUCAGACGGAGGAUGAGCUGUACCAGCUAUCCCUGCAGCGGGAGCCGCGCUCCAAGUCCUCGCCAACCAGCCCCACAAGCUGCACCCCGCCACCCCGGCCCCCGGUGCUGGACGAGUGGACCUCGGCUGCCAAACCCAAGCUGGAUCAGGCCCUCGUGGUGGAGCACAUCGAGAAGAUGGUGGAGUCUGUGUUCCGGAACUUUGACGUCGAUGGGGAUGGCCACAUCUCACAGGAAGAGUUCCAGAUCAUCCGUGGGAACUUCCCUUACCUCAGCGCCUUUGGGGACCUCGACCAGAACCAGGAUGGCUGCAUCAGCAGGGAGGAGAUGGUCUCCUAUUUCCUGCGCUCCAGCUCUGUGCUGGGGGGCCGCAUGGGCUUCGUACACAACUUCCAGGAGAGCAACUCCUUGCGCCCGGUCGCCUGCCGCCACUGCAAAGCCCUGAUCCUGGGCAUCUACAAGCAGGGCCUCAAAUGCCGAGCCUGUGGUGUGAACUGCCACAAGCAGUGCAAGGAUCACCUGUCAGUGGAGUGUCGACGCAGGGCCCAGAGUGUGAGCCUGGAGGGGUGUGCACCCUCACCCUCACCCACACACAGCCACCAUCACCGCGCUUUCAGCUUCUCCCUGCCCCGCCCUGGCAGGCGAGGCUCCAGGCCUCCAGCAGAGAUCCGUGAGGAGGAAGGACAGACGGUGGAGGACGGAGUGUUUGACAUCCACUUGUAAUAGAUGCUGUGAUUGGAUCAAGGACUCAUUCCUGCCUGAGAGAAAAGACUUCAACCAGAGCAGGGAGCCUGGGGGUGUUGGGGCAGGAGGCUGGGGCUGGGGGUGGGAUUUGAGGGUGGCAUGCAGCUGAGGGCAGGGCCAGGGCUGGCAUCCCUAAGGUUGUACAGACUCAUGUGAAUAUUUGUAUUUGCCAGAUGGAAUAAAAAGGCCCGUGUAAUUAACCU